AUGGUAGUAGAGAUGGCGAAAAAUGCGCCAGAAGAUCCUUGUAUCAAUUUUGCUACAGAAAGCAGCAAUUAUAUUGCUUUUGAAGAUUUAUCCAUCUUAGAGCAUAAUGUUGUCAAUAUCGAUGAUUUAAAGAAAAUUACUGAUGUUGCAGAAAACUUAGCACUGGCACAUGAAAACAUUAUUAACUCUGAAGGAGCAUCUUCUUCAUACACUUUAACUAAUGUAGCACUGGCAACUGCUGGAAAUUUUGUUGGUUCGUUUAGUAGAUCAACUUUUACUAAUCAAGUUUCUGUUGUUGCGGGAGCAAAAGGUGAAAUGAAAGUUGGUUAUGACUAUGAUAUAGCAUGUAAUUUUGCCGAUCUUAAGUCUCCAGAGUUAAUAGGUCAAGAGGCUGCUAGAAGAGCUGUUUCUCAGCUAAAUUCCCGUACAAUAAAAACUGGUAAAUUUCCUGUGAUAUUCGAGAAAAGGGUGGCUAAAGGAUUAGUAAAAAGUUUUGCUUCAGCUAUAAAUGGUAGCAAUAUAACAAGUAAUAGUUCUUUUUUGGGGAAUAGGCUUAACACUAAAAUUUUUAGUGAUGGAAUAGAAGUUAUUGAUAAUCCAUUAUUGCCACGAGGCAUAGCAUCAAGGCCAUUUGAUGGAGAAGGUAUUGCUAGCAGGGAAAACACCGUUGUAAAGAAUGGAAUACUGCAGAGUUGGAUUUUAGAUCUUUAUUCAGCUAAACAGUUGAACCUUAAAACUACUGGGAAUGCUGUAAGGUCUAGCAAUUCUUCUGUUGCUCCUGCGGCUAGUAACUUUUACAUUAAUAACGGUAACGUUUCUUGCGAAGAGUUAAUUGAAGAGAUAAAGGAAGGAAUAUAUAUCACAGAUUUGUUUGGCUUUGGUAUUAACUUAGUAAAUGGUGAUUACAGCCAAGGUGCAUCUGGGUUUCUCAUCGAAAAAGGUAAAAUAAUAUACCCAAUACAUGAAAUUACUGUUGCAAGCAAUUUAUCUGAUAUGUUUAGCAAUUUAACUGUUGCUAAUGAUUUAAGCUUCUGUGGACAAUUCAAUUCUCCAACAAUUAAAAUUCAGGAGAUGACAAUUGCUGGUUCAUAA